AUGGCGACGACCAUGAAGGCCGUGGUGAUCCACCAGGCCGGCGGGCCCGAAGUUCUUAAGAUCGAACGGCUUCCAAUUCCCACGCCCAAGGAGGACGAGGUCCUCAUCCACAUCAAGGCCUUUGGCCUCAAUCGCUCCGAGCUCUUUACUCGUCAGGGCCACAGUCCCGGUGUCAAGUUCCCCCGUGUGUUGGGCAUUGAGGCCGCCGGUCUCGUCGAAAAGUGUCCCAGCGGCAAGUUCAAGGUCGGGCAAAAGGUGGCCACUGCCAUGGGAGGCAUGGGUCGCGACUUCGACGGCGGCUAUGCCGAGUAUACCUGCGUCAAGGUGGACAACACACAGGCGCUGGAGACGGACCUGGAUUGGACCAUCGUGGGUAGUGUGCCAGAGAUGUUGCAGACGAGCUAUGGCUGUCUAUUCAAAUCGCUCAAACUGAAGCGCGAGGAUCGUCUGCUCAUCCGUGGUGGCACCACCUCUGUUGGGUUGGCGGCGGCGGCCAUUGCGAAGAACCUUGGUUGCUUUGUUGCGGGCACAACCAGGAGUGAUGGAAAGGCGACGGCGGAAUUGAUGCACAAGAAUGGGAUUGAUCAGAUCAUUAUAGACGAUGGUCACGUUGCCGAUCAGGUCAAAGACAAUAAAUUCGAUAAAGUCUUAGAGUUGGUAGGAACGACCACUCUGAGAGAUUCCUUGCGGUGCGCUGUCCCAGGUGGGAUUGUAUGCAUGGCGGGCAUUGUUGGCAACAGUUGGACUAUGGAAAACUUCUACCCAAUGGAGCUCAUCCCCCAUACUGUCUGUUUGACGGUGUACUCGGGCGGUCCAAACGAAUUCAGAGAGACUCCCCUGAACGACCUGCUCAAGCAGAUCGAGGCAGGCACCUUGGCUGUUCAGAUUGGGAGAGUGUUCAAAUUGGACCAGAUUGUCGAGGCCCACGAUACCAUGGAGAAGAACCUUGCGCGUGGCAAGAUUGUCGUCUUGACAGACUGA